UUGUCAUAUGUCAUAGUGACGUGUCUGAUAACUUUUAUGGGUUAUUUUUUGUGUUGAAAAGAUGUUGAGAUAUAAACUUUUCUUAUGAAUUUUUAAAGUAGGCUGGCAUAAUGAAUUAUAACGCUAACAGUGGGGGGCGUCAACCCCUUACAAGAAAACUCAAAAGAGUUACAGAUGUAAACUCCAUGGGAUUCAAUCCCUAUGAUCAAGGACAAGGGCCUCAGCCUCAGCAAAACAUCUAUCCAAAUCUGGACCCCUCAAAUUUGCAGCAACAACAGAACUUAUAUCCAAAUUUGAAUCAGAAUACCCCUUUUCAACAAGGUUUUGCCAAUGUUCAGUUUGACUCUUUUUCAAGUACCCCGAAGAUCCCUCAGGGCCAACCUCCAAAUUUCAGUCAGACCCCAUUUUCUAUUAAUCCAAUUGGAGCAACAAAUUUAUCAGUUCUUAAUCAACCUGUUGUUCAGGACAUGGCUCUUCAAUAUGGACAGCAGCUUGCAGGUGCUGGAAAAACUAUGUUGAAAAAUGAAGUAGAGAGAUAUCUUCCUGUUACGAAACUGAAAUAUUAUUUUGCUGUUGAUACUCAUUAUGUUUUGUCUAAGUUGUUGUUACUAUUUUUUCCCUUCACACACAAGGAUUGGUCCGUGAAGUAUGAACAAGAUGGUCCUGUGCAACCAAGAUUUGAAAUAAAUGUCCCCGACCUCUACAUUCCCACCAUGGCAUACAUAACUUACCUUUUGGUAUCUGGUAUCGUUUUGGGAAUGCAAGAGCGCUUCACUCCAGAGCAAAUAGGAAUGUUGUCUUCUUCGGCUUUAGCCUGGUGCAUCGUAGAACUCGUUGUCUAUAAAUGUACCUUGUACAUCAUCAAUGUAGAAACAAGCCUACGAACUCUAGAUCUUCUAGCUUAUGCAGGAUAUAAGUUUGUGGGCAUCAUCACCAGUAUCUCAAUAAGCAUUUUGGGAGGAAGAACUGGCUAUUAUUCUUCUCUACUAUACACAAAUUUAGCUUUAUCUUUCUUUUUGGUUAGGAGUCUCAAGGUUCAGGUUUUAACAGAGGCGGUUCAAGACACCAGUUACUAUGGGGGACCGCAGACCACUGCUGGGCAUAAACGUAGGCUUUACUUUCUUUUGUUUUUGGCUGCGGUUCAACCUGUCUUAUCUUGGUGGCUGUCAUACCAUUUGUUACCCAAUGAAACUCUUGAUAAACAGGUGAAGUAAUAUUGUGUAGGCUUUUCUGGUUUAACUUAUUCCUUGUGCUUCUACAUAUUUAUGUCUUAGGUAAUAAAUAAUUUUUUAAUUCAAGUGAUGUAAAAUAAAUAUUUUUUCAAAUUUA